CCAGCGCAUGCUGAUGGCCACCAAGGAACAGCGCAUGCUGACGGCCACCAAGGACAAGAACAUGGUGACGACCACCAAGGCCACAAAGAAUCACCGCAUACUGAUGGCCACCAAGAAUUAGGGCAUGCUGACGGCCACCAAGGAACAGCGCAUGUUGACGGCCACCAAGGAACAGCGCAUGUUGACGGCCACCAAGGAACAGCGCAUGUUGACGGCCACCAAGGAACAGCGCAUGUUGACUGCCACCAAGGAACAGCGCAUGGUGACGGCCACCAAGGAACAGCGCAUGGUGACGGCCACCAAGGAACAGCGCAUGCUGACGGCCACCAAGGAACAGCGCAUGCUGACGGCCACCAAGGAACAGCGCAUGCUGACGGCCACCAAGGAACAGCGCAUUCUGACAUCCACCAAGGCCCAGAGCAUUCUGACAUCCAUCAAGGCCACGAUGGACCAAUGCAUGCUGACGGCCACCAAGGAAAAGAGAAUGCUGACGGCCCCCGAGGACCAGAGCAUGCUGACGGCCACCAAGGACCAAAGUAUGCUGACGGCCACCGAGGAAAAGAGAAUGCUGACGGCCACCGAGGACCAGAGCAUGCUGAUGGCCACCAAGGACCAGAGCAUGCUGAUGGCCACCAAGGACCAAUGCAUGCUGAUGGCCACCAAGGAACAGCGCAUGCUGAUGGAGUCCAAGGACCAGCGCAUGCUGACGGUCACCAAGGACCAGAGCAUGCUGACGGCCACCAAGGACCAGAGCAUGCUGACGGCCACCAAGGACCAAUGCAUGCUGAUGGCCACCAAGGAACAGUGCAUGCUGAUGGAGUCCAAGGACCAGCGCAUGCUGACGGUCACCAAGGACCAGAGCAUGCUGACGGCCAAAACGCCCACCAAGGAUCAGAGCAUUCUGACAUCCACCAAGGAUCAGAGCAUUCUGACAUCCACCAAGGAUCAGAGCAUUCUGACAUCCACCAAGGAUCAGAGCAUUCUGACAUCCACCAAGGAACAGCGCAUGUUGACGGCCACCAAGGACCAGAGCAUGCUGACAGCCACCAAGGCCACGAUGGACCAAUGCAUGCUGAUGGCCACCGAGGAAAAGAGCAUGCUGACGGCCACCGAGGAAAAGAGCAUGCUGACGGCCACCGAGGAAAAGAGCAUGCUGACGGCCACCGAGGAAAAGAGCAUGCUGACGGCCACCAAGGACCAGCGCAUGAUGACGGCCACCAAGGACCAGCGCAUGCUGACAACCACCAAGGCCCAAAGCAUGCUGACAUCCAUCAAGGCCACGAUGGACCAGUGCAUUCUGACAGCAACCAAGGACCAAAGUCUUCUGACGGCCACCAAGGAAAAGAGACUGUUGACAGGCACCGAGGACCAGAGCAUGCUGAUGGCCACCAAGGCCACGAUGGACCAAUGCAUGCUGAUGGCCACCAAGGAAAAGAGCAUGUUGACGGCCACCGAGGAAAAGAGCAUGCUGACGGCCACCGAGGACCAGAGCAUGCUGACGGCCACCGAGGACCAGAGCAUGCUGACGGCCACCGAGGACCAGAGCAUGCUGACGGCCACCGAGGACCAGAGCAUGCUGACGGCCACCGAGGACCAGAGCAUGCUGAUGGCCACCAAGGACCAAAGUAUGCUGACGGCCACCCAGGAAAAGAGAAUGCUGACGGCCACACAGGAACAUCGCAUGCUAACAGCCACCAAGAAUCAGUGCAUUCUGAUGGCCACCAAGGACCAGUGCGUGAUGACGGCCACCAAGGACCAGCGCGUGAUGACGGCCACCAAGGACCAGAGUAUGCUGACGGCCACCAAAGACCCGCUCAUGUUGCCGGUCACCAAGGACCAGAGCAAAGAGGGAUCUCAGCAGGUCUGGAUCCAGGGAAUCGGGCGUUGUCUAAUCCUGUGCAAACUCAAAUGAGUGGAGGCAACAUUUUGAACAUCGUGCUGCUGGGACAGACAGGCACAGGAAAGAGUGCGAGUGGCAACUUAAUCUUGGGACU